GUGCGCGUAAGACAUUUUCACUCCCCAACCCCAUCCCUUGCUAUCAAUUUGACAACUAGUUAGGUUUUUGAAAAUAGUAUGGAACCAUAACCUUUAGAAAGCAGCCCAUUAAAGUAUACAUUAAAGGUAGUAUCGAAUCACCCCUAAAUAUCACCGUAUAUAGACACGGCGAGAACAGAAGUUGUUCUACCACAUUCUUACAAGUGGUCGUCACAUCUGUUAAUACUAUAAGUCCAGGUGGCAGAGAACCAUGGAGAUUUUGCUGCAGGUGUUGUAUGGAGUCGUUCUUUUGUUGGGGGCCAUUAACGGAGAAGAAGCCAGACUUCAACCCCCGGACAGGGUCCGAAAACUAUCCAAGAACUGUGGGACAAAGUUCGUGAGGAUCUCGCGAUGAUUGGAGAAUCUCGAAUAGAAGAGCUCGGUACUCUGGACCGAAAGCCUUGGUCCUGUAAGAAAGACUCCGAUGACGGUACCCCUUUAUGUCGGGAGUGUUAUUACCAACAUACGCUGCCGGAGGGGUACCAUCCGCGGCACCUGGUGGAACGGAAAUGCAAGGGCCAGUAUUGCCUAUCGCAUGAAGGGAGAUGCAUACAACAGUACAUGGAGGUCCAGGUCCGCAACACUGCACCGAACGCCAAGUACCCAGACUAUUGGGUGAAGAUCGGGUCGGGCUGCAAGUGUAUUCUCAACAAGGGGUCCAUGUUUGAGCAGUUCGUCCGUUAGACACAGCAAUAUCCUCUUCCUGGUACCAAGUAGACAGUCAAUGGAAUUGGAUGUCAACGUUGAUAAGGGCAUGGGGAGUACACGAGUACUUGGAACUAGCGAAAACAACAUAGAGCGUCUUCAAAUCUUUGUGACUGUAAGACAAAACUGAAAUGCAACAUACAAACACACACUGACACACUUUGGUAUCAUUUAAUCCAUAAGCGUUUUACCCCCACAAAAUGCAUUGAAUGACAAUAAAAUGACAUUUGCUGUCCAUCGAAGCGACCUUUGUGUGUUCUUUUUACCAAUGGACAUCAGUUCGAUAAAAGCUAAGCGUUUUAAAUGACGAAAAUAUAAUUCAACGUGGCGGACACUAGAGACGUCAUAGUCACGAGCAAUUUUUACAGGUCUGAUAGCAAAGUACGAAUAGUAUAACUGUGUUAGUAACCAGGUCCCCGAACUCAAUCAGAUGUAGUUGUUUUUACUCACGCUUUUCUAUUAGUGUGACAAAAGGCUGCAGGGAAAACAUUUUGCAUUUUCGCGAAAAUGUUUCGCCUUUCCAGUUUAUUGAAUAGGUUAUCAAGCUGUACAUAGCUUUAAACACGCGAAAGCCCUCGGGUUCCAUAGAACCUUGACGACAGACCUGUUAUUUUCUUAUCGCCAUUCUUACAUCUAGAACGAACCAUUUUACACAAAAAGGGAGGUGAACAUGGCUAAUUUUUUAUACACAUAUAUCUACACAAGAUUGAAACGUACGAAUGUGCGCAAAACUGUUCGUCCCCUGCUUCUAUUUGAGGGAAUUUAUCAAUAAUCAUGUAAACAAAUAUAUGUGUAUUCAAGUAGUACAUCUAAAACACUCCAAAUACAUAUGAACAAGUCCAGAUCAGUAGGGAGUUGUUCAACCACAUUCUUAGAGAGAGAUCUCAAGGCCAGGUAGCCUGCACGUCUUUCUAGUACACAAAAGUCUGGGUAAGGUGGCAACGAACCAUGAGACUCUUGGUAAGGACAUGUCCUUUUUUUAUAUUAAUUAUCUUGCUCAUUGAAGAGCUUGUGUCAUGUUUUGGUGGGAUUCUGUGUAUAUUGUAGUUUUCAGCUGCAGGUGUUGUAUGGAGCCGUUCUUUUGUUGGUGGUCAGUACCGGGGAAGACGCCGGACUGGCCUCCGGACAGGGUCCGAAAACCGC